UCCCACUGCUCACCCCACUGCCCGUCUCCUAGGCCACUAAAACCUCAGUCAUGCCCUGGUAGAAGGCAAGGCAGGUGUGGAGCACAGCAGCAGCUGGAGCCAACCCAAGAGUCGCCCCCUCUCCCAGCUCCUUUCGCCAGGAAUUGACAUGGCCCAGUUGGUGACAGCACAGCUGUUACUCCUGGUGUGGGUGGCCGCAUGUGGAGCCCAGGCCAGUGCUACUCGGGCCCGGACCGAUCUUCUCAACGUGUGCAUGGACGCCAAGCACCACAAGGACAAGCCAAGCCCUGAGGACAAGUUGCACGAGCAGUGCAGUCCCUGGAAGAAGAACUCGUGUUGCUCCACCAACACCAGCCAGGAAGCCCAUAAGGAUAUCUCCUACCUGUACAGAUUUAACUGGAACCACUGUGGCGAGAUGGAGCCUGCGUGCAAGCGGCACUUCAUCCAGGACGCCUGCCUCUAUGAGUGCUCCCCCAACUUGGGGCCCUGGAUCCAGCAGGUGGACCAAAGCUGGCGCAAAGAGCGGAUCCUUAACGUGCCGUUGUGCCAGGAGGAUUGCCAGCGCUGGUGGGAGGAUUGCAAGACCUCGCAGACCUGCAAGUCCAACUGGCACAAGGGCUGGAACUGGGAAAAAGGCUACAACCAGUGCCCCGAGGGAGCUGCCUGCCACCCCUUCCACUUCUACUUCCCCACCCCGGCAUCACUGUGCGAGGAAAUCUGGAGUAAGUCCUACAAAGCCAGCAACUACAGCCGAGGGAGUGGCCGCUGCAUCCAGAUGUGGUUUGACCCCGCCCAGGGCAACCCCAACGAGGAGGUGGCCCGGUUCUACGCCGAGACCAUGGGCGGAGCUGGCCUCCGCGGGGCGGGGCCUCUCCUGCUCAGCCUGCUCCUGGUGCUGCUGUGGCUGCUGCAGUGAGCUCCUCCUACCGCCUGGCCUGCUGAGCCCCACCGCGCAGGGGCGUUCAGUUCCGGCUCCCCUGUGGGGCCUUGAGCAGCCGUUUAAAUAAAUGAGAUUCUCCUCGUG